CGCCGCGGAAUGAGCCUGCACGAGCUGGACUCGAUUUAUCUAUCUCAUCUGGACGGCGUUAUGGUAUGCAUUUUUGGGCUCGCAGGCAAGGUCGAAGACGAGGUCGCGCACCUCGAGGUCUACGUCUACGAGGACGAGGCCGACAACAUCUACGUCCACCACGACAUCAUGCUCCCCGCCAUCCCGCUCUGUCUGGAGUGGUUAGACCUGCCCGUCGGCCGGAGUUCGGAGGGUCGCACGACCGGGAACUUUGUCGCGGUGGGAACGAUGGAUCCGGAUAUCGAGAUUUGGGACCUGGUCACGGGAUCGACGGACAAGCAGGUCAAGCUGUGGAACGUGCAGGACAACAAGCCCAGCAUGGUGGUCUCGCGCAAGCUCGACGUGGGCAAGGUCUUCUCGACCACGUUCGCGCCCGACCCAGAGGUGAGCUUCCGGCUGGCGGUGGCGGGCAGUAAGGGAGUGGUUCAGGUGUGGGACACGUCGACCAAUGCGGCGGUGCGCCGGACUUUUGCUGGUCGCUUGCCGGCGACGGCGGCCGGAGAGGGUGGCGAAGUGCAGGAGAGGACGGUGGGAGUUGCUGAGGAUGACAGUGACUCAUCUGAUGAUGAGGAGGAAGAGGGAGAGGGAGAGGGCGAGCAGGGAGAAGAUGGUGCGGAUGGAGAGAGAGAUGGAUGGGAGUCGAUGGAUGAAGAUUGA